UACACUGAGAAUAAUGAACGAUUUAUUGCAAAACAAAAACAAUAGUAAAGCAUAUAAACAUUACGAAAAAUAUAUAUUGUAAAUCUAUUUGCUGAUCUAGGUAAAUUAAAUGAAUGAUCGGUGUGGGUUAGGCAAAUGCACUGAUUUGGUGCUGAUGUAGCUCUCCGCUGCGCUUCGAAAACAGCUCUAUUCACGGGGACGAGCGCCAGUCUGACCUUUGACAGGCAAUGAAUGACAAAUGAAAGGUCAGCUGUUCUGACAUCAGCUGGGACAUCGGAGAAUGACAGGCAGUGCAUCGAAAGUUGGUCGAUAGCAGCGGAGACUUCAGCACCGGGGGACGAAGCGGCGGAGGCGGUUUGACGGCGGUAACCCUUGGCAGCGCGAAGACAGGCCCGCCGCGACAGGACGACUACAGCACCAUGGACAGCUCAGGCCCUUCAUCUUCAGAUAUGGACGGGAACUACGGAGGGGGACUUUUUGAUAUGGUUAAAGGAGGUGCUGGAAAGUUCUUCAGCAACAUUAAGGACAACCUAAAAGACACUAUCAAAGACACCUCAACCAAGGUUAUGAAUCAAGUGGCCACAUAUACAAAAGGAGAGUUGGACAUUGCCUACAUCACAACACGCAUCAUUGUGAUGUCAUAUCCUGCUGAAGCAGUGGAGAUGGGCUACAGGAACCACACAGAGGAUAUCCGCUCAUUCCUGGACUCACGGCAUGCCGACCACUACACUGUUUUCAACCUGUCACAGAGGAACUAUCGGGGAGCCAAGUUCUCCAACAGAGUUUCUGAAUGCAAUUGGUCUUCCAGGCAGGCCCCGAGUCUUCACAACCUGUUUGCCGUUUGUAAGAACAUGUACAACUGGCUCAAGCAAAACCCCAAGAAUGUGUGUGUGAUCACCUGCUCGGAUGGUAAAGCUUCUUCAGGUGUGCUGGUCUGUGCCAUGUUCUGUUUCUGCCACCUUUUUGCCAACCCAGUGCCAGCCAUGCACCUUCUCAGCGCCAAAAGGCCUGGAUCUGGCCUAUGGCCCUCCCACAGGAGGUACAUAGGUUACGUAUGCAGUAUAGUCUCAGAGAAGCCCACGGUGCCCCACUCCAAACCGCUGGUUAUUAAAGCUGUCACAAUGAGUCCUGUUCCUUGCUUCAACAAACAGCGCACUGGCUGUCGGCCGUUUUGUGACGUACUUAUCGGCGAGACCAAGAUAUUUUCCACAGCUCAGGAGUAUGAGAGAAUGAGGGAACACAGAAUUCAGGAGGGCAAAGUGGUCUUUCCUGUAGAAGUGAGUGCUCAAGGUGACGUGGUGAUUUCUGUCUAUCACAUGCGCUCUCAUGCACUACAGGCCAAGGUAACAAACACUCAGAUAUUCCAGAUCCAGUUCCAUACUGGAUUCAUUGCCCCUGGCACCACCGUUUUAAAGUUUAUGAAAACAGAGCUGGAUGCCUGUGAUUCUCCAGAGAAAUACCCUCAGUUGUUUCACGUACUGUUAGACAUCGAGGUGGAAAGCACAGAGAAGCAAAAAGAUCUCACCCCUCCAUGGGAACAGUUCCCCACCAAAGACCUGAGCCCUAAUGUGCUUUUUUCAUGCCACCAAGAACAUCAGGACGCACUUGCUAUUGCGGAUCCUGCCCAGGGCCACGGAAGUUGCGGAGGCAGAGUGGGCCCGAAUGAGGAGAGCGAACCCUCGGAUGAUGACAUGCUCUCCCUCUCCAGCCAGCAGAGCAACACAAGCAAUGAUAAAACAAAAGCGCCCAAGAAACCAGAGCGUCCUCCGGCCGCUGAAGAAGUAGAUCUGCUGGGGCUGGAUGGGGAUGCGGCCAAGCCUCCUCCUUCUUCCCCACAACCUCACGCUACCAGCACCACCACAGACCUGUUGGGUGAUCUGUUUGGAGCUCCGCCCACACCACAGCCGGCCAGCGGCCCAACGUCUGCUCAGUCGACUCCUCGGAGAUCUGCGACCUCUUCCUCACCCUGCCCGUCACCUCGAACUGGAGACGCUUUUGACCUGUUCGGGUCCGGGAGCGGUCCCGCCCCUAAGCCACAGGACUUUAUGGGAGGAUUCCUUGGCCCAGGUAAUAUGGGGCAGCCAGACCCCUUUCUGCAUGCUGCACGAUCUCCAUCUCCUACAAUGCAGAACAUGGGCAUGGGUCGCAGUUCACCGGUGCCCCCCACUACCCCUACUGUCAACAUCCAACAGCAGAACUCAACAGGAGCAUGGGAGUGGAACAAACAAACAACUGCAGGUGCAGGUUUUGGGAUGGGAAGCAAGUCCGCAACCACCAGUCCAACAAGCUCAGUUCAUGGUACACCCACCCACCAGAGCAAAUCCAGCACUCUGGAUCCUUUUGCAGAUCUGGGUAACCUAGGAACCAGUUUGGGAGGUGGAUCAGGAUUCUCUAGCAAACCCACCACACCUACUGGUACAGGAGGAGCAUUUCCACCCAUGGGCUCCCCCCAGCGUCCCGCUCCCUCUCCACAGCACACUGCUUCUGGUGGCUGGCAUCCCGGCACUGGCCUCCCUUCACGGCAGCCGGGGGGUACGAAUCAAUGGCAAUCCCAGGGUGCACACCAUCAGACCCCGCCUAAAGCACCUGGACCGUCUAUGCCUCACACCCCACCACAGAACAGACCAAACUACAAUGUUAGCUUCUCCCCCAUGGGUGGGGCAUCACCUGGGGGCACUGGAGCAAAAGCACAGCCUAACAUGGGAACCAGGCCGAAAGUUUCGGAUGCUAAUUUUGAUGACCUGCUCUCUGGCCAGGGCUUUGCUGGUAGCAAGGAUAAGAAAGGGCCAAAAACUAUAGCAGAGAUGAGAAAAGAAGAGAUGGCAAAAGAGAUGGACCCAGAGAAAAUAAAGAUCCUUGACUGGAUUGAAGGGAAGGAGAGGAACAUAAGAGCGUUGCUGUCUACCAUGCACACAGUGCUUUGGGAGGGGGAGACACGCUGGAAACCUGUAGGCAUGGCUGAUCUUGUGACACCAGAUCAGGUGAAGAAGGUCUACCGUAAAGCUGUACUGGUGGUGCAUCCUGAUAAGGCUACUGGACAGCCCUAUGAACAAUAUGCCAAGAUGAUUUUUAUGGAACUUAAUGACGCCUGGUCAGAAUUCGACAGCCAAGGACAGAAAGCGCUUUACUGAGACUUAAAAUGCAGAAAAAUGGCCCCAAAUCUAAAUAUGAUUGCAACAAGUCAAACAGCUCCUACCCAGAUCGGACAUCUUGCAACUCAUCACAUCCCAUUAAAAAAUCUUCGUCAUCUCUUCCACUUCCAGAAAGCAGAACUUACAUACAGUAUAGUUGUGUCUCUCCCUAUUUAUCUAUUUAUCAGGUCAGGUCAUGCACUAAACCAACUUUACUGCUGUUAUGAGAAGACUGCUAUUGAAAUUUAAUUUUGUGUUUAAAAAGUUAGCGUUUCUGUCCCAGGAUGCCUGCAUUGCAAAGGUUGUGGCUUUACACAGCUGUAAAUAUAUCCGUAAAGUCAUUGUUGAGUAAGAUGUGACAAUAGUGAUGAAUUUUGUAUGGGAGGUAACCUAUCUUUAUUAAUGAACAAUCCACAUUCUCCAGAAAUCUUCGGUUUUGUGACCACUUGAGAGAGAUGAGGUUUAAGCAAAUAUGCACAAAUAAAAAAUAACACGUAUACAAAUGCCUUGUAUUAUUUAGUACAUAAGCAUUAACCAGUGACUGCAGUGAGUAUUAGUUUACAUUCAUUUUUGGGGGGUAAAAGCACAAUAAAUUAGACUAAGACUAAUUUUUUUACCCUUGUUUGGGAGUUAUUAGACUACAUUUUGCAAAACGUAGAUUUACUGAUCUGUCUGUAUAUGUUGCACUGUACGACACUGUUUACAAGCAUAAAUAAUUAAGACAAAUUGUUUAUUCGUUGUUUAUUCAAAAGUAUAUAUAAAAUAAAGUAACUCAGCAAGACUACAUUAAGAUAAAAUGGUGCUUUGGCGUACACAAGUUGUAAUAUUUUUUAACUGUUUAACGGUGUUCACUCAUACGGCAAUAUGUUUUUAACUUAUUUGAAUACAGUUCUCAAUGCUGUAUUCUCAAUUGAUUUCUAUUAGUAUUCAGAAACAGCCUUGCAUUUGGAUUGUUUAUUUCUGAUUCUGCUUAAAAAAACACAUUUAUGACCAUCUAUGUUUGUUAAAACCUUUCUACAUAUCAUUCAGAGUGGACCAUUUAUAUUUUCAACAGCUGAUUUUGCAUAUGAACUUGAUUAACAAGUAAAUCAAUCUUCAAAAUCCAGCUAUAUUUAGCUAUUUCUCUUGGUCUCCACUUACUGUAAUGAACUGCAUGUUUGACUGUAAGUGGCACAUAGUCCGGCGAAAGUUUCAAGAGUGUUCAGCCACUAAUCUGCCC